ACUAUAUAUACCACUUCAAGAGGAAGAUAAAAGUAAACCCACUGCAAACGCUCCUCUCCUUUGCCUGCAGCUUUUCAAAUUUUACAGGAGAAGAUGAGUAGUGCUGCACCUGCUUCUCUUGAAGCACCCACUGCCAGAAGAUUGGAAGGCAAGGUGGCAAUAAUAACUGGCGGCGCAAGCGGGAUCGGAGCAAGCGCCUUGCACCUGUUUUCGCAAAACGGUGCGAAGGUGAUAAUCGCCGAUAUCCAAGAUGAAAUUGGCCAAGCCAUCGCCGACAAGCUUGGCAAAAACGGCUCCUACAUCCACUGCGACGUCUCCGACGAAGACGACGUCCGCAACUUGGUCGACACCGCCAUUUCCACCCACGGACACCUCGACAUAAUGUACAGCAACGCCGGCGUGCUCGACCGCCACCUCGGCAGCAUCAUCGACACCACCAAAUCCGACUUGGAACGCGUUCUCAGCGUGAACUUGAUCGGCUCGUUCCUCGUCGCAAAACACGCCGCUAGGGUCAUGAUCCCUCAGGGCAAGGGCUGCAUCCUGUUCACCUCCAGCGCAUGCACGUCCAUCGCCGGCAUCUCGACUCACGCCUACGCGGCGUCCAAGUACGGGAUUUGGGGGCUGGCGCGGAACCUGGCGGCGGAGGUGGGGCGGUUUGGGAUACGGGUGAACUGCGUGUCGCCGUAUGCAGUAAUGACGGGGAUCGCCAGCGCGGGGAUGAGCGAGGCGGAGGUGGCGAAGGUGGAAGCGGUGUUGAGCGAGGCGGGGAAUUUGAAAGGGGAAGUGCUGAAGGCGGAGGGGGUGGCGCAGGCGGCGCUGUAUUUGGCUAGCGAUGAGGCGUACUAUGUGAGUGGAAUGAACUUGGUGGUGGAUGGAGGGUUUAGCGUGGUGAAUCCUUCCAUGCAGAAGGCUUUCAAUUUGGUUUAGUCAGUAAUCGUGGUACUGUUCAUGAUGAUGUAUGUUGUUUGACUACCUUCGUGUCGACUGCCGUCUCUACUGGAAAUAAAUGGUUUCGUGUUGUCAGUUAAUUGCACUAUAAUUAAUAUAUAGUGUUCAAAUA